AUGGCACGCCCACCGCAGCCGGCGCCUGCUGCCGCAGCUGCCGCCGGGGCGCGCGGCAGCCUGCUCGUGCCCGUGCUGCUCGCCGUCGUCGCCGUGCUGGGCCUGCAGGUCAGCCAGCAUGCCGACUGGCUGCAGCUGCAGCUCAUUGCGCCCAAGCUGCCGGACCACUGGGUGCGCCCUGCCACUCUCGGCGAGCAGCCGCAGUGCCAGCAGCUCUUCGCUGUCGCCGCCGACGCCCGCGCGCGCGACGGCCAGCAGCGCACCGAGUUCUGCGAGGACGUCGAGCUGCUGCACGGCUCGCCGGGCUGGGCACUACUCAGCUGCGAUCCGGGCCGCGGCGAGUGGAACACCGUCAUGGGGCCGCUCAAGGAUCCUGCUUCUCGCGGCGGCCUGUGGACCACGAAGCUUGGCUCGCAGACGCAGCCGAAGCUGCUGCCGCUGCAUGGCUUUCCCGAGAACGCUACCUUUCAUCCGCUUGGCACCGCAUACGUACCAGCAAGCGGUGCUCAUCCUGGCCGGCUGUUCGUCGUCAAUCACGCUGAGGAGUCAUCUGCGAUCGAGGUCUUUGACAUGAGUCUAGUCGACGAGGAGUGGCGAGCUGCGCACGUCCGCUCGCUGCGAUCACCUGUCGCGACGCACUCGCCCAACGGCCUGGCCGCGCUUGGCCGCAACGAGCUGCUCGUGUCGCAGGACCACAUGUUCGUGCUGCGGCCGCCGCCCCUGGAGCAGUUCGUCGCGCUGCUAGCACCUCGACUUGGACCUCUGGCCGAGCCGCUGGCUUGGCUGCUCAGCUCGCCGGCGCGCCACAUUCUGCCGCGCCUCGAGACGGUGCUCGGACUGCCGCUCGGCUGGGUAUCGCACGUCUCCUUCGUUGAGGAGCCUACGGUGGAGCCGCAGGCCUCCGUCGUGGCCUCGCGCAUUCCUUUCGCCAACGGCAUCAGCCUCACGCCGCGAGGCAGCAUGCUCGCUGUUGCAAGCACCAUGACGCCCGCCGUCAAGCUCUUCCGUCCAGCCGGAACCGCUGCAGGCAAGCCUGACUGGUCCCAGCCGCUGCAGCUUGCCGGCGAGAUCCACGUGCCUCACGGCUGCGACAACAUCGCGUUCUCGGCGCCUGAGCCAGAUCAGCCUGCCGACUCGCUCUUCGACGGCGCGCGGCUGCUCAUCACAGGCCAUCCGAGUGGCCUGCGCCUCAUCCGCUUCGCACGCAAUCCGCGCGGUGCUGAGCCGGCCGGCAGCUGGAUCGUUGAUGCGCUGCCCAAGUCUGCUGGUGCUCAGCUGGCACCUGACACUGCGCCGCUCCCUGCUCAAGACCGUGCCCUGAAGGCGAACGAGGCCGUCACUGUGCGCACGCUCUACCAGAGCCAGCGCGGUCAGGCACCCGGCACGCCCAGCAGCGCUGGCUCGGACUGGGCGCGCGAGGACAACGCGAGCGAGGGCACGCUCAUCAUGGGCGGGCUCUACGGCGGCGUCUCGGUGUGCCACGGCGUCGGUCUGUGA